AACCGAUAUUUGGAUGUUAAGAGUGCUUCUCUGGCCGAAUUGGAGCGCAGUUUUAGCGCGGCUGGCAAGCGAUCGAGUUGUGGCGAAUAAGGAAAGUGGCGCGUACGCAAGCAUAUAAACGCGCGUUCAAAAUAAACAAACAAAAAAUUUGUUAUAUAUAUGUAUAUGUGUAUGCAUAUGUAAGUAUAUAUGUAUACAUCAUAAAACAAAAGGAAGGAAAAUUGAAAUGUUGAAACAACAUAUUAAUUAAGAAUAAAGUGAAUAACUAAUAUUAAAUCAGGCUUAUGUGUGAGUUACAAUAAUUUUCAGUGUAAUUUGUGUGCUAACGUUUGGUUAAAAUGAAAUUGAAACCUGAAAUUGUUAUGCAAAUAAGCUGAUUUCAUACGAAUCGUUUACGAAUGCUAUUGUGAAAGAAAUUUUUUGCAACAUUUUUCACUCUAUUGAAAGUUGGAGCAGUCGGAAGUGAGCGCAAAACAAAAAAAAAGAACUUCCUAACCAAAUGUGGAAUGCUAAACAAACAGCGUUAAUACUACGCCGUACAUACAUACAUACAUACGUACAUACAUCUAUAAACUAAUAUGCAAUGAAAAAGCCAAAGGUGGAGUAAUAUAUGAGUUUGUUUCUUGUGUUUUUAGUGAUAAUUAAAUUUGCGUGUAUAAAAUUUAAGCAAAAAAGAAUUUGCAUAAGCAGAAAUAAAAUAAAAAAGUGAAAAAAAUAAUUAAACAAAUUUUUACAAGCACAUUUAACCAAAAAAUCUAAAAUGUAAUGACUUUGAAUAAAAGCCGAAAAAAAUUAAUUAAAAUAUUGCUAUUUUUUUAUAAAUACAGUGCAGUUCAUUAUAAUAAGUCUCCAUAAGUGCUUGCGGUAAACAUAAAUAUUUUUAACAAAAAAGUUAGUGUGACAAUUUAAAUUAUCAAUGUCGAAAACCAGCACAAACCGUAGAUAACAGUAAAAAAUUGCAAAAUUAUUCAAAAAGAAGAAAACAUAUGCCAAAAACGUCAAAACAAAUAAAUCCAAAAAUCAAGAAAAACACAUAUACUUGCUGACCACAUUACACCUGCGCACCUCAAUAUAAGCAUACAUACACGUACAUAUACCACACUUCGUAUUACGUACAUACUGCACAAAUAUGAUGCACAUUAAUGCCAACGUGAAACUGUAGAAAUUGAAGUAAAUAAAACGCAAUAAAACAACCGAAACUCUCGACUCGCAACGCAAACGUGUCGGAAUUUCGAUAAUGAGGCGUCAGUAAGCCAUCGGCCGUAGAGCAUACAACGCGCGAACGAGACAAUCGUAGAAAAUUUCGUUUUUCAAUACGAAACCGCAAUGCAACGCGCAUGCUAGGUGUGUGCAUGUGGUGGCUGCGGGCGUCACGUGAAGGGUGUAAUUCACCUGUUCGGCAUUGAUGGUGUCGGUGACGAACGCUCGCCAUGCGAGUAUGCUUGACAUAAGCCAGCUAUUAGCGAAGCAUUUACCGCUAGGAAAAUAAACGACAAAUACGCGCUUCGUUGUUAUUGAGCGAUCACUAUUGUUGUUGACAAUAUUAUUGCAGCAGUUUUGCGCUUGCGCUGACAGUUCAACUGCUUGAUCACAUUGCUUGCCUGCAGUGUCAAGUGACUGUUAAAUCUUUUAUCGCUUACGUUGGUUCCUGACUGCAGCCGUCUGCUGUAUCCAUCUGAAGUAUUCCUCUUAAUUUUCCUAAGCUAAAAUAUGACCGUGUCAUAUGCCGGUGAAGUGCCGAAUGGCAGUAACUUUGGCUGCUUCUGGCGCAUUCUAUGGAAAUGGCGUGGCAGCGUUUACAAAUUGGUGUGGCGUGAAUUGAUCGCUUACUUAUGUCUUUAUUAUACAAUUAAUUUAGUCUAUAGAUUCGUAUUAAAUGAACAACAACAAUUAAUUUUUACCAAAGUCCGCAUAUAUUUCGGCCAACAGGGCGAAAGCAUACCCAUGUCCUUUGUGCUGGGUUUCUACGUAAAUAAGGUUGUGCAACGUUGGUGGGAGCAAUAUAGAUUAUUGCCCUGGCCCGACACUUUGGCGCUAUUUAUCAGCGCCGCCAUACCAAACGCCACCGGAGGAGCAACUAAGAAUGAGACGGGUCGCCUUAUGCGACGUAACAUAAUGCGUUAUAUGGUGCUCGCCUACGUCAUCACGCUGCAGCGCAUUUCAUUGCGUGUGAAGCGUCGCUUUCCCACCACACAACAUCUCGUGGAUGCUGGUCUCAUGCACGAGUCUGAGUCGAAAAUAUUCGAUGCACUUAAUGCCAAAAGUCCCAUGUCCAAGUACUGGAUGCCAUUGGUGUGGGCGACAAAUAUUAUAAAUCGGGCACGUAAAGAGGGUCUGAUAACAUCCGAUCACAUUGUACAAACCAUACUGAUGGAAUUGUCCGAUAUACGACGACGUCUGGGUGGUCUGAUCGGAUAUGAUACGGUGUGCGUGCCGCUGGUGUAUACGCAGGUUGUGACACUGGUGCUGUACACGUAUUUCAUAGCUGCGCUGGUCGGGCGACAAAUGCUGCCGAAUAUGACCGAUACCAAAGAUCCAGACUUGUAUUUCCCGUUCUUUACAGUAUUGCAGUUUGUAUUUUAUGUUGGCUGGCUUAAAGUCGCUGAAGUCUUAAUAAAUCCAUUCGGUGAAGAUGAUGAUGAUAUUGAAUUGAAUUGGCUCAUCGACCGACACAUAAAAGCGGCUUACUUGAUCGUCGAUGAGAUGCAUGAGGAGCAUCCGGAAUUGUUGCGAGACCAAUAUUGGGAAUGCGUGGUGCCCAAGGAGUUGCCAUAUACCGUCGCCUCUGAGCAUUAUCGACGUGAGGAGCCCAAAGGUUCGGCGGAAAAUUAUAAAGUGAAGAAAGAGGAUGCCAUGUAUGCAAAUAUAGUGCCGGGUGGUGGAAAACGUGGACUUGUCGAUGAUGUUUAUGCUGACUAUGAGAGCGUUGAUACACCAAUGGUGGAACGGCGUAAAAAUAAUAAUUGGCUUGUACGGCAACUCUCACGUAUGGGUUCUAUACGUAGCCAAUCGACAGCUUAUUCAUCGAGUGGUAUGGCCUUUAAUCGGAAUCGUCUCAAUUCGGUUUACUCCAGUCCUGAGUCCGGCAUACCGGUUAACAUAUUACAGCAGCAGCAACAAGCUCAGCAACAACAACAAGGUCAAACAGCGCAAAUACAAUCGAAGCCGAGUUUUUAUGGCAAGUUUGUGAAUCGCAAGUCGCAACGCGCCCAGAAGCAAUUGAUUAAACAGAACUCAAAGCUGAAUGGUCUCAAUGUCAAUGUACCCAAGACACGACCACGCAUACCCACGCCUGACGCUUCCAAAGAGUUGGGCGAAAAAGAUUUGAAUGGCACGAACACCGUUAUUAUGACACCACAGUUGAGCACUCAAACCACCAUGUGUCCCUACACGAGCACCAACAAUCAGGAUGGACCUGUUUUGGGCACACUAUUAUUAUCGCCCAUUAAAGAGAUGGAUAGCUCAUCUUCCAAUAAUACUUUGAUUCCAGGACAUCCGACAACUACGGCUUUGGCACAAGCUGUGCUGCCAGCCAAUUUGAAGGACAUGAACUUUGGCGUUGCCUCGCCAACUGCGCCCGUCACCACAAAUAUCACCACACUCUCUUUCCCCUUCACAAUGACCACCAGCGCGGCGGACUCAAUGCCCGCUGGCACACUGAAUAUCGUACCAAUCGGUGCCUCGCAAAUGCCAACUAUCACCACCACCGCCAGCGGUUUCGAUGCCAGCGAUCUCAUCACCACAAUUCCAGUCUCACUAUCCAUACAACGCUCGCCAUCGAUGCGCUCCAUCAACGACUUUAGCGGCAAUGAAAAUUUGGAUGUGCCGCAUAAUUUCAACGGUGGCUAUGGUUCGUCCGGUAAUGGCAAUGGCGGUGGUGGUUUAGUCGCCACCACAAACAAUGCCAUACUCACUAUAAAGCCAUUGAAUGGCGGUGAUAACAUUUCACGCAACAAUAGUUUUAAUGCCAACUUGAAUCUAAAUCUGCAAGACUCAUAUAUACUAGAGCGCAAUGAAUCGGUGCGUUCGGCUGAACAACGGGUCGGCAGUAAUGUAACGGAUGGACACACAGCGGCGACACGUGACACUUCAGUAGAGGGUAGGACAGAGAGUAUAGGCGCCAGUGGCGCAUCGGCGCCUUCUACUUUGGCAAAGCGUACACCCGAGCCAGCGAAAGGCACGAAGGAAGUGUAUGUAUAGUGUGAAAAGGCUUUGUUAGAAGGCGUAUUAAAGCGACAGCUGCUCUCAUUUAUAAAAUUGUAAAUACUGAAUUAAAAAUUGUUAGCUAAUUUUUAAUAGUUCAAGUAUGGCAUGCUACUUAGCUAAAUUUCUAGAACUAAAACAUUUCCCAUCAUAAUAAUAUUAAUAAUUAUAAUGAAUUUUAGACCAAACUAUAUAUAUAACUUCUGUACUCGAAUAGCAUAUAACGAAGAUCAAAUAUAUUUAUAAAAUAAUAUUUUACUAAACACGCCUUUCUAUGGCUUUCUUAACGCUGGCGAGAUAACGGUGUUUCAAGCAUAGAUUUCAUAUAAAUCAAAGUUAUUAAACGGUCCUUUUUAUUAUUAGCUCCUCAAAAUAUAGUGCAUUAUUUUAAGUUAAUAAAUGUUAUAUUUAAUUUAAUUGUAUAGCUUUAUGUAAUUUUGUGCAUGUACAUAUAUAUAUAUAUAUAUUAUAUACUAUGUAAAGUAUUAAGUAAUAAUUUGGUAUAAACAGUAAGCUUAUUCAAAUAAUAUUUGUAAAUAAAUUGAAUCUCUACAAAAAUCUAAAACCGAAUGCAACCUUUUGUGAUAUUUGUCAUAUAUAUUUUAUAUAUACAUAUAUAUAUGUAUCUAUAUGUGCAUACAUAUCCACAUCUGUGCCGAUGUUAAGAGAAUUGUAAACACUUGCUUCUAGUUGUAACAUGUAUAUUUUCAAACUAAAAUUGAUUUCGAAAUUGUUGAUCAACUUGGUUGUUACUUAUGUAUGUAUGUUGUAAAAAAUUAUAUAUCCAUUUUGUUUAAACGACUAUAUGUAUUUUUGCUUGCAGUUGAGCUACAUACAUAUAAGUUUAUUUUUUAUUUUUUAAUUUUUUAAUUGUAACUCAUUUUAUAAUAGAAAUUCUAAAGUAAUAAAAGCGCUGAAAAAGAG